UAUAGUGACUGUAGUCGAUUAAUGUUUAGUUCGAAGAUCAGUCGAAAUUUCCAAGUCUAUUCUUCUUCAAAAACGAAAUGACUCGAAGGCUUGGUACCGAAUUUACUUGUUAUCGUCGUCCUAGAGAUAUCUCUCGAUGCUUACACUAAACAGAAUUCAUCGAGUGACUCAUCGAGAAUAUGCGGUUAGAAGAAAUGCCAUUGCGUUUGAGCUCGGACGAGCGGGAUUUUGAAAUGGACGAGGAAACUGACCAUCUUCUUCAACCCUCCGAAGACAGUAUACGACUCCUAACAUCGAGAAGACGACGAAUCAACGAUUGUUCCAUAUUUUUCAGGAAUUUUCUUUGCGGGUGUUGUACUUGGAUGUGGAGGAGAUGUUGCAGAAAACGCGAAUUAAGAGCAAGAGUUAUUCACAUUGGUCAACCGAUGCAAGAGAAAUUUCCUACCAAUGUGAUAAGAAAUCAGAAGUAUAAUGUUGUCACAUUUUUACCCCUGGUUCUUUUCCAACAAUUCAAAUUUUUCUUGAAUUUGUAUUUUUUAAUUAUGGCUAUAUCUCAGUUCAUACCAGACAUACGAAUAGGAUAUUUAUAUACAUACUGGGGACCAUUAUGCUUUGUGUUGACCGUUACAAUUUGUCGAGAGGCUAUUGACGAUUUUAGACGAUACAAAAGAGACAAGGAAGUUAAUGCCCAAAAGUAUUACAGACUAGUUAAAGGGUUUGAUACACCAGAACUCGUACCAAGCUCUAAAUUACGAGUAGGCGAUUUGGUAAUUGUGGAGAAAGGUCAAAGAGUACCAGCCGAUUUGGUUUUAUUGCGUACAACGGAAAAAUCGGGAGCAUGUUUUGUAAGAACCGAUCAAUUAGAUGGAGAAACAGAUUGGAAGCUACGAUUGGCUGUGCCAGCUACUCAAAAAUUGGAUAAUGAUUCUCAAUUGUUCGACAUAAAAGCGAGUCUAUACGUUGAAAAACCACAGAAAGAUAUACACAGCUUCAUUGGUACAUUCACGAGAUACGAUGGAUACAGUAGCGAAGAAAGUUUAGGCGUGGAUAACACAUUAUGGGCAAAUACAGCUGUUGCAUCAGGUUCAGCUCUUGGUAUUGUUGUGUAUACAGGACAGGAAACCAGAUCUCUCAUGAAUCAUUCUGCUCCACGGUCAAAAGUUGGCUUAUUAGAUCAAGAGAUAAAUCAAUUAACAAAGGUCUUAUUUUGUGCUGUACUCGGCCUUGCGUUGGUAAUGAUGUCCUUGAAAGGUUUUAAUGGGCCGUGGUAUCGUUACAUGUUUCGUUUCGUUCUAUUAUUUUCGUAUAUAAUUCCGAUCAGUUUAAGAGUAAAUUUGGACAUGGGAAAAGCUUUUUAUGCGUGGUGCAUACAGCGAGACAAAGAUAUCGCUGGAACGGUCGUAAGAACGACUACUAUUCCGGAAGAACUUGGCCGCAUCUCGUAUUUAUUAAGCGACAAGACUGGUACUUUAACUCAAAAUAAAAUGGUUUUCAAAAAGUUACACUUGGGUAUGAUAUCUUACGGGCAAGAAACAUUUGACGAUGUUGUGAACGUGUUAAAAACAUGUUACUCUGUAAACUCUAAAACUUCACCGGCUAAACCACCUGCAUCCUUACACAGUGGGAAAGUAAGAAGAUCGGAAAGCACUAGAAUAUACGACGCAGUGCAUGCUUUGGCGUUAUGUCAUAAUGUAACACCUGUUUAUGAUGAGGUAAAUAAAUCCUCCAACUUGGACACAGUCAGCAUACAAACUGGAGAAACAGAAGAUUCGGGUUCCAUUCAAAGCCAAACGGAAGCGGAUCAGCAGUACUACUUGCCAGAUCAAAAACGCAAUUACCAAGCUUCUAGUCCGGACGAAGUAGCAUUGGUUAAAUGGACGGAGGAAAUGGGAUUAGCUUUAGUCAAGCGCGACUUGAAUAUUAUGCAGCUGAAAGCUCCGAGUGGCAAAAUUUUAAAUUACGCAAUUCUACAAAUAUUUCCGUUUACAUCAGAGACCAAGAGAAUGGGAAUAAUAGUGAAAGAGGAAUCUAGUUCAGAAAUAGUAUUUUAUCUGAAAGGCGCUGACGUGGUAAUGUCCGGAAUAGUACAAUACAACGAUUGGUUGGAAGAAGUAUGCGGUAAUAUGGCUCGAGAAGGUUUACGAACGCUAGUUGUCGCGAAAAAAAAUCUGACAGAGGAACAGUAUCUCGACUUUGAAGCAAGAUAUAAUGCAGCGAGAAUGAGCGUUAGCGAUCGUGUUUCAAGAGUUACCGCUGUUGUCGAAAGUUUAGAAAGGGAGAUGGAGUUACUCUGCGUAACAGGUGUUGAAGAUAGAUUACAAGAUAGAGUGAGACCAACAUUGGAAGUACUGAGGAAUGCUGGAAUUAAAAUUUGGAUGCUAACAGGAGAUAAAUUAGAAACGGCAACUUGUAUAGCGAAAUCUUCGCGUUUGGUUUCACGAUCGCAGAGCCUUCACGUUUUCAAAUCUGUGGUGACACGCACGGAUGCUCAUUUGGAAUUGAAUACAUUUCGUAAAAAGCAAGACUGUGCCUUAGUUAUCAGUGGGGAUUCCUUAGAGGUGUGUUUGCAAUACUAUGAACAGGAAUUCUUGGAGUUGGCGUGCGGCUCGCCUGCCGUUGUUUGUUGUCGAUGUUCCCCUACACAAAAAGCCGAAGUUGUCAGUCUUAUCCAAAGACACACAGGUAAAAGAACCGCGGCUGUUGGAGACGGUGGCAACGAUGUUUCGAUGAUACAAGCAGCGGACGCUGGCAUAGGUCUUGAAGGACUUGAAGGGCGACAGGCCUCAUUGGCUGCAGAUUUCUCCAUCUCUCAGUUUAGCCAUUUGGCUAAUCUGUUGUUGGUUCAUGGACGAAGAAGUUACAAACGUUCUGCUGCUUUAAGUCAAUUUGUUAUUCAUCGUGGUUUAAUUAUUUCAACUAUGCAAGCUGUGUUUUCGGCAGUUUUUUAUUUAUCAUCGGUAUCCUUGUAUCAGGGAUUCUUAAUGGUGGGAUAUGGAACAAUAUAUACAAUGUUCCCAGUGUUUUCUUUGGUAUUGGACAAAGACGUAUCUGGGAAAAUUGCGCUAACUUAUCCGGAGCUUUAUAAAGAACUCAGUAAAGGCCGGUCGUUGUCUUAUAAGACAUUUUUCAUGUGGAUUUUAAUAAGUAUAUACCAAGGUGGAGUUAUAAUGUAUGGUGCGCUGAUAAUGUUUGAAGAUGAAUUCAUUCAUAUAGUAGCCAUCAGUUUCACAGCGCUUGUUCUGACGGAAUUAAUUAUGGUAGCUUUAACGAUCAGGACAUGGCAUCACAUUAUGAUAUUAGCAGAGAUUUUCUCCUUAGCCUUUUAUUUGUUAUCUCUAGUCGUCCUUAGAGACUACUUUGAUGCUGAGUUCAUCAAAACUACAGACUUCUUGUGGAAAGUAUUACUGAUAACUUUAAUUUCCUGCAUGCCAUUGUAUAUCUUAAAAUUCCUACGAAAAAAAUUCUCGCCUCCUAGUUACACGAAGUUAUCUUAAGUUCGAAUACAAUAAUUUCACUUGGCAAAAGUAGUUCACACGAUGAAUUGGAAAGAUCUGUUAUGUAUCGAAAUGAUACGAUAAAAUAUUUGCAAACCAAUUAUCUUUGAUUCCUGAUUCGAGUCCUUUGCUCAGUAUGAAAUAGAUAAACAUCCAUUUUGUAAAUCUCCUCACUAUUUUUCUAACUACGCUUCAAAUAAUCAAUAAAUACAAACUUUACACUAAACAUCAAAGUGCAACUGUUAAUGAAAUUUUCGAAUUUCCUGUACUGUAUCAAUAUUAUACUGAGCAUUCCAACUGGACCAACCCGAUGAAUCGACGCAGGCUUAUUUUUCUUCGAAUUUUUGAGUAGAGAUAAAUUAUUCCAUUGCUCUAUUAACGCGUAAAAUUAUUAUACAACUGUCCUCUAUUUAUUCAUUUUAGGUUAUGUUUGAACUCAUUGAAUUUUUUGAUAACUGUAAAUAGAGACUCUUGAAACUGAGCUUUUUAAUUGUGUUUUUUUAGUGUUUAUUUAUGAAAACAAUAUGCUUUUCUUCCAUGAAAUGUGUUCGAAUAACAUAUAGCAUUUAAUUCAGUUUUGCGUAAUAUUUAUCUUUUGUAUUUGGUCGUCUGAUUUACAGUAUUUUUUAUAUUAAGUUUAUAAACGGAUGCUUCGAAAGCAUAUAAUGCUUUAUUUGACGUUUUCUUCGUGUAUUUAAUAAAUAUGUGAAAAUAUUUGAGGUUAAAUCUUUAUUUUUAUAAAUUAAGUUCCGAGAGAUCUAUUUGCUAACGUUUUCCUUUGACGAUAUAUUUGUUUUAUAUUGUAAGUAUAAGCAUUAUUUUCAAAUAUAUUGUUAUUCACUGCAAUUUACUUCCUGUGAAUACACAACACUAUAAUAAAAGGAAACUGAUUUUUAUAUUCGUGCGUAAAUUAUAAGCAUGUAGAGAUAGUUGUAAUUGUUAUUACUUAUAAUGUUGAAAUGUACUGUACUAUAGAUGACAUAGUUAUUUCUAGGUAAAUAUUAUUUGACUUGACACAUUUGUAAUUAAUUUAUGCGCAAAUAAAAUAAUAUAUUCCUUUGUCUGA